AUAGACACGAUAACGCCUCCGAUAUACCUCAGCUGAAAAAGUGAUGUCAAUGCCAUGUUCACGUAGCAUGGGCAUGGGCAUGGGCAUGCUUGGCAACAUCAUCAUCAUCUACCUACCGUGUAGACGGUGAAUAGCGAAACCUUAACACGGGCUGGACAUGCCUUCUGUAGACCAACACAAGUGCUCAACCCAUCUUUCUGUCCAAGAGCGCUUGCUCCCUUUGACGUGGCUUUCGUUCGCGACUUUCCCCUGUCGCGGCAGUCGCUCCUUGACUGGCCAUGACGGCACCCUCCCACAGCCACGGACGCGGCUCCCUGUCGAACCUGGGGACGUCUCAGAUCGAUACGCUGAUCGACUUCAUAACACACGACGACCGACCGACCUUUCUGCUCGAUGUCAAGACACGGAAUAUACCCUUUUGCAACUCUGCCCUGGACUCACUUCUUCAAGCGACAGCCUCCCGUCGUGACUUCCAAUCAUGGGCCGAGAGCCUGGCCACUGUCGCGAAACAUGUCACCGCUCAACCAAUCGACCUGGGUACCUUUGCGCAACAGAAAUGGAUGGGAAAGAGCCUGGAAUCAUCACUCAUGACCGUCUUUUGUCGCUGGACUCCUGCACCGACUACACAGGCCGAGAAUACUACAACCUUAGACCACCAUCAGGAACAAGACACUCCUUCCUCGCAUAGCAGCAAGAAUGGCAACACCGGGGUAGAGAAACUUUCUGACAUGUACAUGGGAUGGCUGGAACCAAAAGACGACCCCUGGAUGUCCUUUGUCAGGAAUUAUCCCUUCGAUCAGACCCCUCUCGGUCCCAUCUCGUCCUGGCAUACCCAGCUUCGCCGUUCCGUACAGAGAAUGAUGGUCUGUCCAGAGACGCGCAUUCUGUAUUGGGGCGAUCAACAUCUCAUGAUCUACAAUGAAGCCGCUGUACCUAUUCUCGGCAAGAAACACCCCUGUUUAGGCAUGCCCUUGGUCGACACAUGGGGUCAAGUCAUGUAUGACCAGAUUACCGAAACCAUCAAGGCUGUUGUCAGUUCGGGAAAGGCAUAUCAAGCAAAGAACAUCAUGUUCGUACUGGAAAGAGAUGGCUUUCCCGAACAGACAUGGCAUCACUUUUACCAAUUGCCCAUCAUUGGCCCGGACAGCCGCUAUCUUGGCUGUGUCUGUGAAUUUGCUGAAAACACUACUGCUGUCGUACAAGAAAACAGAGCCGCCAUACUCGAUUCCUGGAUCAAGGCGGCCGCCGUCGCAACUUCUCUCAAGCAGCUCUGGUCUGCCUCGUUGGACUCGCUGGGUAAAACCUCCAUCGACAUUGUCGCUGGUUGUGUCUUUUCUCUCUCCAAUACUGCUGAGAAUUCGCGACUUGCAAAAUCAUCAAUGGAUCCGCAAGACUACCUCCUCGAGGCCUCGUUCGGUGUUUCCGAUAUGCAGUCAAGGCCAUCGUCAUCUCUGCUUGAUGCGCUUAAGACUAUCCCGAUUUUCGACAGACUGGCUAUCUUGAGACAAGCUGAUCACUCCCUUCCUGAUGGUCUCCGCUGGACUACUCCCGAUCACGGCACGAUAAACACUCUUUGUGUGAUGCCUAUCACCGAUCUGAAUGAUCGCAGGCUUGCUGUCGCCGUUAUAGCCAUGAACCCUAAUCGACCUUUCGAUGAAGGUAGCAAAUCAUUCAUAACAGGCAUUGCUGACUUGCUUCGUAAGACUGCCAUUUUCAUCACUUUGCCCGAAGAGCAAAGGAAGAAUGAGGAAAUAACCUCGGCCUUGUCUGACAAAUUGCAAGUCGCUUUGUUGAAAGCUGAAAAGCAAGAGGAGUCUUACGCGCGCAUGGCUAGGCAGGCUCCUAUUGGCAUGUACAUGUUACGACCAGAUGGGUAUCCUGUGUUUGUGAAUGAUGCAUAUUUGGAACUGCACGGCACAAGUCGAGCGCAGUUCUACAAGAAUGCGGAUGAAGGUCUUGCUUGGAACCCAUCAGUGUAUGAGGAGGACUUGGAACUUGUCAAUGACAUGUGGCGCAGAACAAUCGAAGGCAAGAAGCCUGUGCAAGCUGAAUUGCGUUUCAGAACGCCCACAACAUCGUCGCCCGACAAGGUUCGAUGGGUGGAGUCAAUGUCUUAUGCUGAGCGUGAUGCUGCAGGAAAUGUGACCUCAGUUCAGGGAUGGCUUCUUGACGUGAGUCCGAGAAAAUUGACUGAACGACUCAUAAGCGAGAAACUUCAGGACGCGCUCGAGACCAAGCGCGCAACAGAAACCUUCCUCGAUAUGUUGAGUCACGAAAUGCGUAAUCCUCUAUCCGGCAUUCUUCAGCUUGCAGAUGGAAUUCUGGGAAUGGUCGACCUUCCGACAAAUCAAGACACAGUCGAUCCGUUGAUAGAUGCUGCUCAAACAAUCACUCUAUGUGCUCGACAUAUGAAGCAGAUCAUUGAUGAAGUGUUGACCUUUUCGAAACUGGAUUCGAACCUUCUGGUACUGAGUCUGGAAAAGGCACAGGUACCUUCAAUCAUCAAGACGGCAUUGAAAAUGUUUGAAAUGGAGAUUGAGCACGCCAAAAUCACGGCGAACAUAAACGUCGAUAGAAGUUUCACAGAUCUGGCCCUUGAUUAUGUCCUGGUAGAUCCAGGUCGUCUCUUGCAAGUGAUAAUCAACUUCCUGACCAAUGCUAUCAAGUUUACGAAAGAUGAAAAGACAAGGAACAUUACCAUCAAACUCGCCGCUUCCACGACCAAACCUACGGAAAAGGAUUUUGGGAUUGCAUUUUUACCUCCUCGCAAGGAUGCCAACACCGAAUUACAGAUGCCUCUUACCCCUUCGGUAUCAAACGGUCUUAUGGACUGGACCGCAGAGGAAGAGCUGUACAUUUACAUUGGUGUGGAAGAUACCGGUCGAGGCCUUACAGAAGAAGAGUGCAAGCUUCUGUUCCAAAGAUUUGCUCAAGCUUCUCCGAAAACACACAAAACCUAUGGCGGAAGUGGUUUAGGUCUGUUCAUCUCAAGAGGGUUGAGUGAGUUGCAAGGAGGCCAGAUAGGAGUGAAAAGUGUUGCUGGAGUUGGCUCGACCUUUGGCUUCUAUGUCAAGACUCGACGAGCCGCUCCACCCACUGCUCCGGCGUCACGUUCUCUGUCAAUCGUGUCUACAGAAGCCAUGACCGAUGUCGAGAAUUUGCCACACAAGGACGGCGAACUAGAUGUCCAGAUUGUGACCAAGUCCAAUACUUCAGAGUUGAGUGAUGUGACUGUGGAAAACUUGCACAUCCUGGUCUGCGAGGACAAUGCCAUUAAUCAAAAGGUUAUCGCACAACAACUCCGCCGUCUGGGUGUCCACACCGUCCAUGUCGCCGACGACGGACUCGCCGCUUUAAAUUUCCUCGAAACCACCAUAUUCAACCCUUCCGCCUCUUCCUCUUCCUCCAUACCAUUAUCCCUCAUCCUCAUGGAUGUGGAAAUGCCUGUGAUGGAUGGACUUACCUGCGUCCGCCGUAUCCGCGAAUUGGAAUCGAAGGGGGGUAUUAUUGGGCAUGUGCCUGUUAUUGCCAUUACUGCUAAUGCUAGGAAUGAACAAGUUGCUGUUGCGGUGGAGGCGGGUAUGGAUGAGGUGGUGACCAAGCCUUUUCUCGUCAGGGAAUUGGUUCCUAGGAUGGUGGCGCUCGUGCAGAAAUGUUUGCGUUGAUGGGGAAUUGGGGGGGG